AUGCAAUGGAGGUCGUUAGUUGUGGGGCUGGUGGUUCUGAGACUCUCUCUCAGCUGUUUGCUGUGGCUGGUGUUUGGACUGGGACCAAGUGUCAGCUUUGGAUUUAACUUUCAUCUAGGUUUCAAUUUGCACAAACUUGACUUAUGCCGUGAAGAAAAGGGCGACGAGGCCAAAGGGCAUCCACCCGCCCAGCCGCGGUCCUAUCUGGGGCUGUUCCAGGGGAAGCAGGACGAGUAUGUCCGCAGAUACAGUUCCUUCCCUGACUCCCUCAAGGCAAAGAUGAAGGACAUGGCCAGGGACAUGUUCUAUUUUGGAUAUGACAAUUACAUGAAAUAUGCUUUUCCCAAGGAUGAGCUGAAUCCCAUAGACUGUGAAGGCAGGGGACCAGACGUGCUGAACCCGUCAAACAUCAACAUCAAUGAUGUUUUGGGAAAUUAUUCACUGACACUGAUAGACACCCUUGACACUCUUUUGGUUCUUGGUAAUGUAACAGAGUUUCAUAAAGCUGUGAAGCUGGUGAUAGAUACUGUGUCAUUUGACAAGGACUCAACUGUUCAAGUAUUUGAAGCAAACAUCAGGAUUUUAGGAAGUCUCAUCUCAGCACACAUCCUCCUGACCGACCCAAUGCACCCGUUUGGAGAAGUGACCUUUGAGAACUAUGACAAUGAGCUGCUGCAUUUGGCUCAUGACCUGGCUGUUCGUCUGCUGCCAGCCUUUGAGAACACCAACACCGGAAUUCCUUAUCCCAGGGUGAAUUUGAAGACCGGGGUCCCUCCUGACAGCAUCAAUGAGACCUGCACUGCUGGUGCUGGCUCUCUGUUGGUGGAGUUUGGGAUUUUGAGUCGACUUAUCGGAGAUUCUACUUUUGAAUGGGUCGCCAGACGAGCUGUCAGAGCUCUGUGGAAGCUACGAAGUAACGAAACUGGUUUGUUAGGAAAUGUAGUGAACAUUCAAACUGGCCAGUGGGUUGGGAAGCAGAGCGGCCUGGGAGCUGGGAUUGACUCCUUUUAUGAGUAUUUACUGAAGUCGUACAUCCUUUUUGGGGAGAAGGAGGACUUCAGGAUGUUCCAGUCAGCUUAUGAGAGCAUUCAGAACCACCUGAGGAGAGGGCGAGAGUUGUGUAAUGAAGGAGAGGGAGACCCACCUCUGUACGUGAACGUGAACAUGUUCAAUGGUGAAAUCAUGAACACUUGGAUUGACUCCCUCCAGGCCUAUUUCCCUGGACUACAGGUGUUGAAUGGAGAUGUGGAUAAUGCCAUUUGCCUGCAUGCCUUCUACUAUUCCAUCUGGAAGCGCUUUGGGGCCCUUCCAGAGCGGUACAACUGGCAGCUGCAGGCCCCUGAUGUGCUCUUCUAUCCUCUGAGGCCUGAGCUGGUGGAGUCCACUUACCUCCUCUAUCAGGCGACCAAAAACCCUUUUUAUUUGCAUGUUGGUAUGGAUAUUCUUCAGAGCCUUGAGAAAAAUGCCAAAGUCAGAUGCGGAUACGCUACCCUUCACCACGUUGUCGACAAAUCUAAAGAGGAUCGCAUGGAGAGCUUCUUUCUCAGCGAGACGUGCAAAUACCUAUAUCUGCUGUUCGACGAGGACAACCCGCUGCACAAGUCUGACAACAAGUACAUCUUCACCACAGAGGGUCAUGUGGUGCCCAUCGACCAGCGCUUCAGGGAGAGACAGUGGAGCGACCUGGGCCCCUGUGAAGACGGAACCCUCAGCGAGACCCGGUCUGCAGAAUGGUUUCACAGCAACACUACCAACUGUAACAGGAUCCCAGAGGAGCGUCGCUACGCACUGCCUCUGAAGAGCGUCUACAUGCGGCAGAUCGACCACAUGGUGGGACUCUUUUAA